AUGUCUGCGCCUGUCAGAUUAUCUGGGCGCCUUGCCCGGACGGCAAGACCGCUUGCCAAGCGCGCAACAAUAUCGGCAUGCAUUCCGAGGACGAGCAUAUCACGACAGAGACGGAUGGCCACUCCCGAUGACUCGUUUGACCCCAACACCAUAGAACGAGAGAGCGACGAGGUCGACGUCUGCAUUGUCCCGCCGGCCUCGCAGCCGCCAUUCGCCUCAAGCAGCUCGCCACAGAAGCUGGCAACGACGACUUCCGUGUCCUCCUCCUCGAGAAGGCCGGGCGAGAUCGGUGCCCACAUCCUCUCUGGCGCCGUCAUACAGCCGAAUGCCGUAGAGGAGCUCUUCCCGGACUGGCUGUCCCCCGACAACCCCUCCGCCUUCGACGGCGCCACCCCUGCCGGGUCGGACCACAUGCGAUUCCUGACCGAGAAAUACGCGGUACCCAUCCCCGCGCCGCCGCAGAUGCACAACAAGGGCAACUAUAUCGUCUCGCUGAACCAGUUCACCAAGUGGCUGGGUGACCGUGCCGAGGAGGUCGGCGUCGAGGUCUACCCAGGCUUCAGCGCUAGCGAGGUUCUCUACAAGUCCGACGGGUCUGUGCUGGGCGUUGCAACCAACGACCUCGGUAUAGGGCGCAGCGGGCAGCCCAAGGAUACCUUUGAGCGCGGUAUGGCGUUCCAUGCCCGUGUCACGCUCUUCGCCGAGGGUUGCCACGGCUCUCUGUCCAAACAGGUCAUCCGCAAGUUUGACCUGCGGUCCGACGCCCAGCCACAGACGUACGGGCUCGGCAUCAAAGAGGUGUGGGAGGUGGCGCCCGAGAAGUUCAAGAAGGGCGACAUCACGCACUCGAUGGGGUACCCCCUGCCCUAUGAUACAUACGGCGGCGGCUGGAUGUAUCACUUUGGGGACAACCUGGUCUCUGUGGGGUUGGUGGUCGCCUUGGACUACCCGAACCCCUGGAUGAGCCCAUACGGCGAGUUCCAGAAGAUGAAGAAGCACCCACUGUACGCGGACGUGCUCGAGGGCGGCAAGUGCAUCUCGUACGGGGCACGGGCGCUCAUCGAGGGCGGUUUCCAGUCCAUUCCCAAGGUGGCCUUCCCCGGCGGCGCGCUGAUCGGCGACUCGGCUGGGUUCGUCAACGUGCCCAAGAUCAAGGGUACACACAACGCCAUGAAGAGCGGUAUGCUCGCGGCCGAGGCGGCGUGGGGCGCGCUAUCGUCGUCCACGGACGACGGGUCCGUCUUCCUGUAUGACUACGAGAAGUCGCUCCGCGAGUCUUGGAUCUGGAAAGAGCUCAAGGAGGUCCGCAAUAUGCGCCCGUCCUUCCACACUGCCCUCGGCCUGUACGGUGGCAUCAUGUACAGCGGCCUGGAGGCCUUCUUCCUCCGGGGCCGCGUGCCGUGGACGCUCAAGCACAAGACGAUGGACCACGCGGCGACCAAGCGCGCCGACCAGAGCAACAAGAUCGAGUACCCCAAGCCCGACGGCAAGCUGACCUUUGACAUCCUCACCAGCGUCAGCCGCACGGGCACAAACCACGAGGAGGACCAGCCUGUGCACCUCCAGGUCAAGGACUGGGAGAAGCAUACGGCCGAGACCUGGCCGGCUUUCAAGGGCUUGGAGAACCGCUUCUGCCCGGCGGGUGUGUAUGAGUACGUGGACGAUGCAUCCAAGCCAGAGGGCGUGAGGUUCCAGAUUAAUGCACAAAACUGUAUACAUUGCAAGACAUGUGAUAUCAAAGCACCUAAUCAAGACAUCAACUGGCAAGUUCCCCAAGGUGGCGAAGGGCCAAAGUACUACAUGACAUAAAGAGAAUAAAAAUACCAUGGCAUCGGGGGCGCUUAUGCACUGGGGGGGGGGGGCAAAUAAAAUGGAAGGCGUCCCAUGGUAGUUGGUGGUGUAUUGUGUAUUGAGAUGGUUGGCUGGGGGUGGCGUGGGGCAUGUUUUGUAUAUGGAGAAAUCAAUCAAGAAUAUUAUUACUUUGC